GAUCCAGUUGAUCUUUUGAUGGAGUUGUUGAGUAGCGGGUUGAUCUGUUGGACAUUUAUUUUGACUCGUGUUUGGAAUUCGUGUGUAUUUAUUUGCAUUAUCUUCGAAAGGUGAUUAGUUAUCGGCAGCGUGAGGUGUUAAGUUGUAAAUUAUCAUUAGUAAAUUUUUGUGUUGUGAAAGUGGUAGCAAAAGGGAUUUGUCUGAGAUUUACCUGGAAUGCGAGUAAUUAAAAAAGCAUGAAAUUGUAAUUGUUGAAAAAAAUGGAUAACAACAACGAUUACGAGUGUGAAAACCCCGAACGACUGAAUUCCAACACAGAGUAUAUACCAACGAAAUGUCGAAUAACGAAACCCCCUCCUCCGAAACCAGCAACAAACCCUUUACAAUUCGUCAAAGUAGCACCGUGUCCGCUUUUUCAGAAAGCCCACGAACAAAUCAAAAAAGUCGAAGAAAUUAAAAAGGAGCGAAAGGAGGUGAGGGAGGAGGCCGAAGAUUGGCAACAAAAUUUAGACAACUGGAAGAGUUGCCGACGAAAACGCCAAGAACACAUAAUCGAGCGCGUGGUCGAAGUGAAGAAAAUGGAACAAGUAGAGCAAGAAAGACACAGAAAGAAAAGUAAAACUUUUAAUGAAAUGAUGGAAGACAGAAGUAGAGGCCGCCACAAGUUCAACAUACCAAUAUAUGACGACGACUCCAAUGACUUAAGCGAUUACGGCAUUGGAAGUAGUAGUUCGAAAACUAACAGCAUCAAAGAUGUGGAUACUGACGAUAGUUGCAGUAUUUUAGAUGAGAAAGAAAGCCGUUCUUUCGAAUCGCCAUGUAACAAAGACAAUUCAAGUGCUUCAAACCAAAGUCAAAGUGAAGAUGAAACUAACAGUAAACGAGACAGACCGAGUUCAAAUAAUGUGAUCAAACAGUCAAUUUUAUACACAACAACCAAACAAAACGAGACAAAGUCGGACCACGCCGAACAAUACACGUACGAAGGAGCGAUACAAGAUUAUCGGACGCGAAUCCGUUCGAGAAUUUUUUCAGACGAAUCGAUUUUUACCAAGAACCAAGACCACGCCAAGAGCAAAGAAUACUCAGAGGCUCAGACCGCGUUACCAAAAGGAGAGAUCUUCAAAAGGAAGGAGUUAUUCGAAUCGGAGAAAUCGAUAGAAAUAAACAACUAUGAGUCACCGACUACGCGGAGGUUAUCGGAGGAUUUUGUCAACUCGCAAAGCAUCAAACAAAGAUUGCAGAGUUUAGAGAAGUGCACUGACCAGCCGCUCACUACCGAUAAGAGUGAUCUACAAACCGUCAAACAAAGGUUGCACAACUUGAAACAAAACGACGACUCGAGGAACAACAACAAACCCAAACCUGCGAAAAUCAGCAGCUACCUUGUUGACAAAACCGGCGAAGUUAAAGACGCUGAAUGGAAGAAGAAAGAAGUAGCGAUUGAGAGAUGUUCUAGUCCCGAAACUGAGCUCUACAUGGACAAUCUGAAAACGUUCAGUCGCGAUCUGGACACUUUGAUGUACGGCAAAUCGGGAAACGCUAUCGACGAUUACUGCGUCAACCCGAAUUAUCCUCCUUCGACGUCGUCAACCGAACUGAUGACGAUCUCCUCAGAUCGCGAAGACAGCGGCAUCCACACGGCGGAUGUGUCUUGCUCUGUCAGCCAAGCCGAUGAACCUGCCGAAGAUCCAGAAUUAGCCUCCACGACAAUCCCUAACUGCAUCGAAAAAUUGACAAUACAGGAACGUAACGAAUUUGAUGAAAUGCCGAAGAAUGAAGACCAAAUCAACUAUGUGACCAGCACUGAACUUGCCAUAGGCGACAAAAACGAACCCGUUGAUUUUGACAAAAAACACAUCGUUGAGUGCACGAUCACUUUACUACAAGCUUUACAAAGAGAUUCCUCUGAAAAUUUAUUCGCCGAAAAGAACGUCCCCUGCAAACCGGAAGAGCCUGAACAGAAAGAACAAAUCUACGAAAACGUCAAUUACGAAACUAGAACUAACCCGAUUGAGCUUAUUACGAAUGAUAUUCUUGCACCACCGAGUAUGAUCGAACCACCGAAAGUCAAACCGCCCCCACCACCACCCGUCGACGAAGAAACCAUAGAGACCAUAGAACCAGAAAUGAAACGGGUCAACUCUACUAAGCGAAUCAAGCGAGAAAUGCACAUCAAGCGGUCGAGUUUUCUCGGUUUGGACGAACCGACGGACGACCAGAUCUACCCAGAGAUAGGGGUGGACAAACCCCCCGACAUCACUUCGUUUCUUCAGAAGGAAUCGAAGUUGGAGAAGUCUCUGUACAAGAAAACUCAAGAGGAACACCGGAUAGGGAUGUUGAGUAAAGUUGAAAGCCACGAUUCGGGUCUAGAUAUAGAUAGAGGGCGCUUGUCGAGUGACACGUGGUGCAGCAGUAUUGGAGAUUCCAACACACCGAGUCCCGAAAGGCACGACAGUGAGCAAACGAACAGUAUUACUUCUGAAGAAGACGAAAUUACGAAAAAAGAACGCGAAAUCAUUGAAAUGGUGGAGAAGGAAGAGAAGUCGCGCGAUAUUGUAGAAUACUUAGGGCCUAACGAGAAACCGAAUCAGGUCAUCCUGAGGAACAACCAAAAUACCUUACUGAAUGAACCCUAUUUGGGGAGCGAAAGCUUUAAUAACCCUUACUUUCCAAAGGAACCUUCCAGCUACCUAGACGACCAAGACUCUGAAGUGUUGAAAGUCGAACACGAACUUCGCCAGUUAGAAAGAGAGGAACUCAAGAGGCAACACGAGAACAUGCUAUUCCAGGAAAGUCGGGCUAAGGCUCGUCUACAGAAUAAUCGUCAUUCGUCUGAAAACAUCUUCGACGAUAUGUAUUCGCCGUACCACGACGGUGUCGGCUAUAGAAAAUCGAUGCCUGAACUUCAGCAUGUACCUCUCGAGUACCGUAAAUCCCUCCCAGAUGUACCAAAUGCCUAUAGCGUCUAUAGACCCGUCCCGGAAUUAGAUGUUCAGUACCGCAAAUCAAUGCCGGAUAUACAACAUGGGUAUAAGUCGGUACCCGAAUAUCACAAAUCGGUACCGGAGAACGACCACCGUAAAUCAAUGCCCGACAUACAAAGGUCUGCGUUUAAGAGCCCUCCUACCGUGAAGAAGCAACCCAUCAUGCCCGGGAAACCCAUCAGACCCAUGAGCAAAGAACAAAGGGAUAGGUAUCUGAUGAUGAAUCCUGCCUUGACGGACGGUGUACCGAUCACAAAUGGUAAACCGAGGCAACUUUCCAGGCACAGUCUGCAAGCACUGAGUGCUGUCCCGAAAAAUAGACACCUGCCGGUGGACAACUGGAUUCAACCGAGGCAAAACGUGGAGAAAAACACGAAGCAGCAUUGGCUAAUCCAAGAGGCCGAAUUGCGGAGGUUGAGCGAGCAGAAGAACCCACCUAGCAACAGGACUUGGCAACAACCUCGACAGGAGAAACACUUGCCAGAUGCGGUGAUACAGACCUUGACCCAAAGGGCCCAGAACAGGGCUGACGUAACCGAUCGAAGUCAGGCGAUUAGGAGGUCCGAGACGAGUCCGAGUAAGGACGGAAUGCAGCCAUACUUGAGUCAUAACCAGACGAUGGGUCACGCCUUACCGAUGCCUUAUCCGCCACCCAUUGCCAUGGAAGAUGCGCAAGAUCGAAGGUUGAGCGUGAGCGGGAAGAAGAAGUGUUCUAAUUGUAAUAAGGAACUUGGGCGAGGGGCGGCGAUGAUAAUCGAAAGUUUGUGUCUUUUCUACCACAUGGAAUGCUUUAUUUGUUGCGUUUGCCAUAUGCAGCUCGGUGACGGAAGAAUGGGGACCGACGUGCGGGUCCGGAACCAAAAGUUACACUGCCAUAAUUGUUAUUCCAGUGAUGAUGGCAUCAAGUUCAGUUGCGUAUGAUGUAAAUAAGAGUAUUUAAAUUGUAAAUAGCUGCGAAGAUCAUGUUAUGUAUUUAUACAUCUGUACUAUAUGUUGAUCAUUGUAAUAUAUAUUAUUACCUAAAAUUCAACGUGUUUGCGAGAUUUGUCAUGUUUGGACACGUUGAAUUUUACGUUGACGUUAUCUUUUCAAUAGAUUGUUAUGACAUAGGUGCCAAAUUUUUCAUUACAUCAUUUUUGAUAAAAUCAUUUAUUUGUAAUGUUUAUAAGGAAAAGGGUUAAAAAUUUAGUAGCGUUGUUAGGAGCCUAUUCUAGUAGGUAUAUUCACUAUAUUUGUAACAAAACAGUAAUAUAUUCAAUACUCUGUUAACUUAGGUUGUGUUAUAACUGUUAUUGUAAUUCUUAUUUAUUGUUUUCUUAUACUGCACUGAAAUUAUGACUUGAGCUAUUUUCGAUAUUUUGUUGUGAAUAGGAAUUAAAUUGUAUCAAUUAUUAUUAUUAAUUUCGUUGUUUAUAAGACUUCAAAUUUAUUUAAUAUCCUUUCAGUGUAUGAAAAAAAUAUACAAAAUGUAGAAUUAA